UUUAUCCAAUCAGCAUCUCCUGGUCUGGAGCAACGACAGGCAGCGUUUGCAAGCGAGUUAGCUUCACGCGCCUCAUUUGCUUUCUAGCAUUUUCCACGUUGCUUUGUUUUGUGUUUUACCGUAAACAAAAGCAUAAUAACUAGUCUUGAAAGAGAAGAAUCCCAACCGAAGCGAUGACAGGCUCAAAUGAGUACAAGCUGAACCAGGGACCAGAGGAUAGCAUCUCUGCUGUCAAGUUCAGCCCCAGCACAGCUCAGUUCCUGCUGGUUUCCUCCUGGGACUGCACUGUCCGUCUCUAUGAUGUUGGAGGAAACACCAUGAGGAUGAAGUACCAGCACACAGCUCCAGUUCUUGACUGUGCUUUUUAUGACCCAACACAUUCUUGGAGUGGAGGUUUAGAUGCACAGUUAAAAACUCAUGAUUUGAACACAGACCAAGAUACAAUAGUCGGGACACAUGAUGCCCCCAUUCGUUGUGUGGAAUACUGCCCAGAGGUUAAUGUCAUGGUAACGGGCAGCUGGGACAGAUCAGUUCGGCUGUGGGAUCCAAGGACGCCUUGCAACGCAGGCACCUUUACUCAGCCUGAGAAGGUGUACACGCUGUCUGUGGCUGGAGAUAGACUGAUCGUUGGCACAGCUGGAAGACGAGUCCUGGUGUGGGAUUUGAGAAACAUGGGCUACGUACAGCAAAGAAGAGAGUCCAGUCUCAAGUAUCAGACUCGCUGCAUAAGAGCCUUCCCCAACAAACAGGGCUACGUCUUGAGUUCAAUUGAGGGACGUGUAGCUGUGGAGUACCUGGACCCAAGCCAGGAGGUUCAGAAGAAGAAGUACGCCUUCAAGUGCCACAGGCUGAAGGAAGAGGGAAUCGAGCAUGUUUACCCUGUCAAUGCCAUCUCAUUUCACAGUGUUCAUAACACCUUUGCCACAGGUGGCUCGGACGGCUUUGUGAACAUCUGGGAUCCUUUCAACAAGAAACGCCUUUGUCAGUUCCAUCGGUACCCAACCAGCAUCGCCUCACUGGCUUUCAAUAACGAUGGCACCAUGCUUGCCAUCGCCUCCUCCUACAUGCACGAGAAGGGAGACAUCAGCCACCCAGAGGACGCCAUCUUCAUCCGCCAAGUCACAGAUGCCGAGACCAAGCCCAAGUGAGUCUCCCUCAGCCCUGUGGUCCUCAGUAUGACGGUUUGCUACACUCGGAAUCUGUGAGCAGCUGUAUUUACAAGGAGCACGUCCAGCUGCAGCAUAUGCUGAUCUGUAUCUCUGUCCUCCCACUUUUCAAUAUCCGACAGUUGAAAGAUAGACAGAUGAGAACUUGAAAAUCUUCCCACCCAUCUAUGCCAUUGUGAAUAUACACUCGCUACAAUGGCCUUAUAAUAAAUACUGCCUUUGUGAAACUUGAAAUGUUAAAUCUUUGUUGACACUGAGUCUGUCAGGUGUUAAAUUUUGAGGUUGUUUUGUGGUAUUGUUGUAUUGGCUUGUGUUAUAUUGAACCAUGUUUUUGAUUAUUUUGUUUCUCCUUUAUGUAUGAGGAUGGACAAAAUAUUAAAAACACUGUUUAAUAAACAAUUUUAGGUCUGCAAUUUUAAAAGAUAGGUUCAAAUGUUUUAAUUUGGUCUUAAACACAUUCACAAGGCCAUAUGUACUAGGGCUGCUCGAUUAUGGCAAAAUUCAUAAUCACGAUUAUUUUGGUCAAUAUUGAGAUCACGAUUAUUUAACACAAUUACUCAUUGACUCAAAGAACAGAAACACUUCCAUUUUAUUAAAUGUAUCAAUCCACAUUGACUCUGAGUCUCAUGGAGACCCCCUGUGUUUGUUUGUUUUUUUUUUUUUUUACACUGAGUCUGUUUCUUUCCAGUUUCAUAAAGUGUAAUUUGCACAGGCAGCUGUUUAAAUCACACAAAUAUCCUGCUGUAUAUGUGUUUUGAACUUAUUAACAGCAUCUACAUUGAUUGAUCAAGGCUCCCAGUCUGUCUGUGAGCUCACCUGUUUCACUACAGGCAGAUUCCCCUCACUCGCUACAGUGUUUCGGCAGGGAAAUAUAAUCAAUGGAUCAAUAAAUAUAAACACUGUCAAUUUCUUUCUGUGGAGCCAACAUGAAACUAUUUUGGUUCAGUAAAUUUCUGCUGUCAGUCAGCCUGGUGGAGGCGGGUUGUCUGGCCGGGAGGAGCAAAAGCGCAUCGCUGUAAAGGAAAGGGCUGCGCUGGAUUUAUAACACAAGACAAAACGAGAGCAUCAUCGUGAAACAGAAUGCGGCACAAUAAUCGUUUUAUCUGGAUGAUUUUGUUUUUAUAAUCGUUGAAGCCAAAAUGGUAAUUGAAAAUAAAAUUUGAUUAAUCGCCCAGCCCUAAUAUGUACAGUACUUUGACUUUGGCUUUGCUUGCUAUAAUCAUUCCUCAUUAUGACAUCUUUUCCUAAUGUGCAUCCAAUAUAAGUGAUUGGGGGCAAAAUUCACUUUUUGUUCUGUGCAAAACUGUACUCAAAAGUCUAACUAAAGCAAAUAUGACAAUUUAACCAUCUGAGUUAAGUUUAAUCAAGUGUAUAUCUUCCAACGAAAGUUAGUCUUUUUUAGAACAAAACUUCCUGUUUGUGUUUCCCUGGACUCUUAUUUCCAUGCUGAGGGAGAAGGAGGAUUUGAAGUAAUAUCAAUUGUUUUGCUUUUAUUAAGAGAUUUUGAUAUGUUUUUGAUUUGAUGAAUUGCUGUCGAGUGAAGAGUCCAGGUGGAAACUGAACAAGGACAGAACUAGCAAAAAUGUUUUCUCUGAACCUGUAACAUCAUCAAAAAGUGAGUAUAUGUACACAGUAUGUGUUAAGAAAUAUUUGACUCAACACAUGGAAAUGGACAUCUUGGCCUGGAUAUGUAGGUGCAACAACACUAGAAAAUCCAGUUUGUUGGUCAAACUGUUCUUUCUCAGAAGGACUUGUGGGCAAUUGACUGAUGCGUUUCCAAUGUUAUUUUGUUGAAAACACAAGGGUUGUUUUUUUAUUUGUUAUUGUAAUGUCAACAUGAAAUUGCUCCCACCUAUGUCACAAAAAGCUACUUUGAUGUAAAUGCCAUCUCUCUGUUGUUGAUACAAGUAUAAAAAACAUUUUUUAGUAGAUUUCUUUGUGUCAAAAAUAUAAAUAUUUGCUAGGGUAUUUCUGGGAGUUUACAAAAUAUGGAAAACAAGUUUGCACUUGCAUAAGUGACAUCAAGUAGCAACAAAAAAAAAAUGGCCAUCAUUCAUAGUGAAACCUAGAAACCAGUGUUUUCUGGAGUCUUUCACUUCAUCAAAAGUAAUUUACUCCACCUCAGUUUGACCCCGCUUUAUUGGCACAACAGUGGAUAAAUUGGCUUAGAUUUUUUUUCUGAAGAACAGUAUGAAAUAGGCUAGUAGUCCAUGAAUGGGAUAUCGCUUGCCUCCAUGCAUUGAUUCAGUGAUUGCUCCUGAGUUGAUUGAUUCUCUCCUAUUUUUGGUUUACAGGUCAACCUAAAUCCACCUUUGUAUGGUUCCCUCUGCGUAUGAAGCCUUAAUCACAUUUGGGUUAUCUGCUGGCAUCCAGUGUACCAUUACUAAAUUGCUACCUGUCAUUUUCUCCCAUUUCAGUAGUUUGUUUUCUUUCUUGUAAGAAAUGUCUGUUCAUUUUCUCUCUCUCUCUCUUCUGGUUCUUGUUAAAUAUUUCAUU